UAUAGUUUCUUGUUCUUCUCCGCUCUUUCUCGAGUUUCUUCUCUGUUAAAACAGAAAAACAAACACAAAAGCUGCUACAACAACAACGACGAACCGAUUUCCAAAAUCCGAACCCGCGUGCCCCGAUUAUCAAAAUCUUUUUUCAUCUUCUUCAUUUUCUGCCUCUCAUUUCCAUCAAUUGCCAUGGUCUCUCAACCUGGUUCUUGAAGUAUCUGCGAAUUGGUUUGAAUAGGAGAAAAUAGGGUUAGGGUCUCGAAUUUGAAGCAUUGCUAUAUUUUGAAUUGGGGAUUUUCUUUUCUUUCUUUCAUCUGUUUGUGUUGGAUUGUUUUCCAAAGACGGGGAAAAUAGGAGGAUAAUGUGUAUACUGUGUGUGAUACAAAAGUGGUCUCGCCGGGUUGCUACGAUGCUGCCUUGGUUAGUUAUUCCUUUGAUAGGAUUAUGGGCACUUUCACAGCUAUUGCCGCCGGCAUUUCGUUUUGAGAUUACAUCGCCGAGACUGGCGUGUGUUUUUGUGCUCCUGGUUACUUUAUUUUGGUACGAGGUUUUGAUGCCACAGCUGUCUGCUUGGCGGGUGCGUAGAAAUGCACGAUUGAAGGAGAGGAAAAGGUUUGAAGCCAUUGAAUUGCAGAAGCUUAGGAAAACUGCUACGAGGAAGUGUAGGAAUUGUUUGACUCCAUAUAAGGAUCAGAAUCCAGGUGCAGGUAAGUUUAUGUGUUCUUAUUGUGGGCAUAUUUCGAAACGGCCAGUUUUGGAUUUGCCUGUACCACCUGGGUUGGGGAUUUCAAAUUCUGGUAUUAUUAAGGAUUUGGUGGGGAAAGGUGGGAAGUUACUGAAUGGCAAGGCGUGGAGUGAUAAUGGAUGGAUGUGUAGUCAGGAGUGGUUAGAUAAUGGUGGCUGGGCUGGUGGGUCUGUUGCUGGGAAGUCUAGUUAUUGGAGGAAGAAUGGGAGUGAGAUUUUUGGAGGGGAUGGACAUUGUUUGACUAAGACAUCAUAUUCAGGGGUUGUAAUUUUUGCUUGCAAGUUGUUGACAUCUUUUUUCUUGAGCAUUCGGUGGCUUUGGAGGAAAAUUUUUAGGACUAGUUCCUCUGAGGAUGGCUCUUCUGAUGCUGAGCACAGGGUGAUGUUGGCUAAGAGGCGUGAAAAUGGGGAAAACUUUCAUGAGAGUAGAGGAGAGAAAGCACGCAGGAAAGCUGAAGAGAAGAGACAGGCUAGGGUAGAGAAGGAGCUCUUAGAGGGGGGAGAGAAAAAGCAAAGGGAGGAGGUUGCUAGAUUGGUAGAGGAACGCAGGAAGCUGAGGGAUGAGAUAACAGAGGCUGAAAGGGAUCGAAGUAGAUCAUCACCACUGACCAGGGAGAGAAAUAGUAGGAAGGAAGCAGAAAAGAAACGUCAGGAAAGAAGGAAAGAGAAAGACAAGGAGUCUAGUAAGAGCAACUCUGAUGCAGAAGAGUUGGAAAAGAAAGCAGGAAAGGAAAGUGAUCAGAAGCGGGAUGUUGAGAAGAAGAGUGAAAUUGAGCGCCGUCAACAUCAAAAAUCUGGAACAGAGAGUGUAAAAGGUCAGAACAUUGAAUUGGGACAUGGGAUUAAGAAUACAUCUGGAAGCAACUUUAACCGGGGCAAUACUGGAUCUAGGUAUUUUGAUCGAAUGAAGGGUACAUUUUUGUCUUCUUCCAGAGCUUUUAGUGGAGGUGGUUUCUUUGGAAAACCUGCUAACACGCCUGCUACUGUCACUAAAGAAAAUAAGCCCAACAGUUCUAUAGAUCCUGUUCAUACUUCUGCCUAUAGGAGAGAGAUACAUGCACCAGACCGUCUGGCUGGGAAAGCAAGUCUGAACGGAGAUGAAAGGAACAUCUAUCGUCCUGUGCUCUCUGAAACGCAACCAAGCCAACCUAAGAAAACAUGGCAGCAAUUAUUUGCACGCUCAUCACCUGCUCCUUCAUCCUCAAAUGCAAAUGUCAUCUGUAGACCAUAUUCAAAACAAGCAGAAGUUCAUGCUCAACAGUUUCCUCUGCAAUCAUCACCAAUGCAAUCAUUUGAUAACCCAAUCAAUUUUGGGCUGCCAUCACCAUUUCCAGUCUCUGCAUUUCCAAAUGUAUCCACUAGCACUAGUUUAGGUUUCUCACCUCCUAUUGAACCAAUUUUUCCGCGUUCUGUGGAAGGGUCCUGUGAUUUUAUACCUGAAGAACCAGAACUGUUUGAAGAUCCAUGUUAUAUUCCUGACCCAAUAUCAUUGCUUGGGCCUGUUUCAGAGUCGCUUGAUAAUUUUCAGUUAGACCUGGGAACUGGUUUUGCACCAGACAUGGGACUGGGAUUGGAAAGGCCUUAUGCUAUAAAGAAUGUGUCUGCAUCUCCUGAAGUGAACAAGCCAUCUCCAAUUGAAUCCCCUUUGUCAAGACUACGAACUGCUGAUGAAAAGAAUAAUGGUUCUAACUGGUUCCCAACUACUCCUAUAGCCCAAGAUUUUAACACUCUACCUAUGGAUGAUAUGCAUGGGAAUGAGAAGGGAACAUGGCAAAUGUGGAACAGUUCUCCUCUUGGUCAGGAUGGUUUAGGUUUAGUAGGUGGCCCAGGAAGCUGGCUUUUACCCCCAGAACGAAACAGAUCAACCAAGGAAGAUAUUAUACCACCUCCAUCUCAGAAAACUAUGCCAACGCUGUUUACAAAAGAUGAUCAAAUCCUUUCUGGUACUCUUUCUCCUCAGAAGGUUUUUCUUGGCAAUGGUCAGAAUGGUGGGGUAUUCAGUCCAGUCAUUGGUGCAAGUGAAAAUGAACCAUGGUUACAGAAUGCCUUUUUCCCACCAUUAUCAAGCAGCACUAGCCAAUUCUCUUUGAAAUCUCAGGAGGAAUGUGCUCAGAAUGAAGUGAUUUAUCGGAGUCCCACUGGAGCUGCAACCGACAAUGCUUUUGGGUCAUCUCCAGUCCAUAGUUGUUCCAAGAAUGAAUGGGGUGCACAAGGUUCAGGAGAAGGUUUCGGGAAGUCAUCUGUCACAAGACCCAAUUUUGGUGGUUUGUUCCCCACCUCAGAUGUACAGUGGUCGUUCGAUUAAAAAAAGGAAAGAAAAGUAAAAAAAGGAAAAAGAAAAAAGAAAAAAGGGUGACAGUAUGAGUCGCCUGAUCAGACCUCCUGUUCUGAAGAGGCAAAUGUCCCCUUUGGAUGGGAGCUUAGAAUACUGGACACGAUUGUAUCUUCUUCCAUCGGUUCUUUAAAGGGGCAUUGAUCUUUACGUACUUAGCAUGCAUAGGAAAUUAGGAUUACCUUUGACAUGCAUUCACGUGUGCAUCAGGUAACAGUUAGGUUGACUACAAUUCAAAAUUUUUUAGGUUUUGCCUGGGGGAGAGGGGGGUGUGUCCCCUUUUUGAGGAAAAUUUCUUCUUUUGAAGAUGGAGCUAUUCCUCGUAGUUGUAAACCUCUUGAUCUUCAUCUGAAUGAAUGCCAAUGAGAUGAUGCUAGCGCAUGCUGCUUAUGCUUAUGAAAA